AUCAAGGUUUUCCACUCUGCCAGUGUGACAUUUGUCUUGCCAAGUGAUCCUUGCAGGAUCAGGAGCACAUGCUGUGAACAGAUUCAAGCAACACCAUCCUGGUAUGGUGGUCCUGAAUGUUAUGACACUGUGUUUGUGAACAUGGAUGACACACAUGAUGGGAUGGAGGGCAUGAACAUAGCCCAGGUUCUUUGCUUUUUUUUGUUACCAUGCACCAAUGGCUUAUCAUACCCAUGCGCUCUCAUUCAUUGGUUUGAUUACAUAGCAGACAUGCCCAAUGAACUGACUGGGAUGUGGAUGGUAAAA